AUGGCGCUUCCCGCGAACCUUUUGCCGGAUGAGGCAAGCCCCGAGUGGAUGAACAAGGCCGACAACGCAUGGCAGCUGACAGCAGCCACCCUCGUCGGCCUCCAGAGCAUCCCGGGCCUCGUGAUCCUCUACGGGAGCAUGGUGAAGGGGAAGUGGGCCGUGAACUCGGCCUUCAUGGCGUUCUAUGCGUUCGCGGCCGUCCUUGUCUGCUGGGUCGGAUGGGGCUACCGGAUGUCGUUCGGGGAGAGGCUAGCGCCCUUCCUGGGGAAACCAGGCGUGGCCCUGGACGAGGGGUACCUACUGGGGCAAGCCUUCCUGGGACUGUUCCCAACGGCGACAAUGGUUUUCUUCCAGGGCGUGUUCGCGGUGAUCACGUUGAUCUUGGUCGCCGGCGCCCUCUUGGGGAGGAUGAACUUUAGGGCAUGGAUGCUGUUUGUGCCAUUGUGGUUGACAUGUUCCUACACGAUAGCCGCUUAUAGCAUAUGGUGCUCGGAUGGAUGGUUGGCUAAGCUUGGAGUGAUUGAUUUCGCUGGAGGUUAUGUGAUCCAUCUUUCCUCCGGCGUUGCCGGAUUCACUGCGGCCUAUUGGGUGGGUCCAAGAGCAGAAAAGGACAGGGAGAAUUUCCCUCCGAACAACCUCAUAUUGAUGCUCGCAGGAGCAGGGCUGCUUUGGAUGGGGUGGACGGGUUUCAACGGAGGAGCACCGUUCGCCGCCAGCAGCGCCGCAUCUCUGGCCGUCCUCAACACGCACGCGUGCACCGCCACGAGCUCGCUGACGUGGCUGAUCCUCGACUCCUUCCUGCUCGGCAAGCCUUCCGUGGUUGGUGCAGUCAAUGGCAUGAUCACCGGCCUGGUUUGCAUCACUCCUGCAGCAGGAGUGGUCCAAGGCUGGGCGGCGAUCCUCAUGGGAGUCGUCUCCGGGAGCGUCCCGCGGUACACGAUGACGGUCCUCCACAACAGGGUCGGGCUCCUGAGGCGGGUCGACGACCCGAUGUCGGUGCUCCACACCCACGCGGUCACCGGCACCCUGGGCGGCAUCCUCACCGGGUUUUUUGCUGUGCCGAAGCUGUGCCGCCUCUUCUACAUGGCACCCGGCUGGGAGAAGUACGUCGGGCUUGCCUACGGCCUCCAGAACGGGACUGCCCACGCAGGGUUCAGGCAGAUGGGGCUGCAGCUCUUAGGCAUCGGCUUCAUCGUAUGUCUCAACGUCGCCGUGACGAGCUCGAUCUGCUUGCUCGUUGGGCUCGUGGUGCCGCUCCGGCUGAGCGAAGGGGAGAUGCGGGUCGGGGACGAGGCGAUCCACGGAGAGCGAGGGUUUGCGCUCGCCGGGGACGGGGAGAGAUUCGAGAUUGCCAGGAGCAAUUCGGUUUAUGGCAUGGAGUAUGAGCCUCCUUCGAUUGUGUCUGGAUCUCUAGGAGAUGUUCAGAUGGUGUGAUCCUUCAAAUUUUUCAAGUUGGAAAAAUGGAGUCCAGGUACAAAUUAAGAC